UUUCCCUAUUUCCACCUCCGGCCUCACCCAACCUGAGAUGUUCUCCCGAAGGAAGCCUCCCGACCCCCGGCCGGCCUGUCCCAACGUGCUGACCCCGGACAGGAUCCCUUCGUUUUUCAUCCCACCCAACCUGACCACCCUGCAGGGCCGGCGCGCGUGGAGGAGCGAGGGCCCUGAAGCCUUAGCGGCUCUCACCCCGUCGGACGGCGUCGCAAGCCGGGCGCAUGGGCGACUCUACAGCGCCUCCUCUAUGCCCCAGCUCUCUAGCCCGAUGGACUUGGUCUUCCUGCCCGAGAGCCCACACACCCGUCGACGGGAGUCCCUCUUCCACAACGGACAGGUGCCGCACCAAUUCCGCGGCACCCUGUUCCCCCCUCCGCCGACACGGCCGCUCUCUCAGCCCGUUCUACCGUUGGACAGCGACACAGCUUCCUCUACGGAGACGUCCCCGUACAGCUCUCCCUUGCUGAUGCGUUCCCCUUACCUCUCGUGCCAAACGUACGGCCACCGGCGGAGGUUCGCCGGCCGCUCCGUCCCCGCCGUGCCUCGGCCUAGCUCCUUGUCCACCGAGGAGACCAGCUCCACCGACACGAGCCCCAGUUUCCCACGUCGGGAGACGGAGCCCCCCUGGGCUCGGGCCGCGGCUCCGGCCCCCGUGCCGCUUUUCCCACUGGACUUGAUCCGUUGCCGCGAGCGGCUCACCAAGGAGGUGACGCUGACGGUGAGCCAAGGGGGGCGCUUGAGGCUCUCCAGCGAGUACCAGGAGCCGCAAGGGCGCCUCCGCGUCAGGCUCAUCAGCGCCGAGGCUUUCUACCUGCCCCACUGCGACCCGCGCCACGUCCACUGCUGCGUCUCCCUGCAGCUGCGCCCGGGGACUGGGCAGAGGCAGCGCAGCGCCGUCGUCAAGAGGAGCCGCAACCCAAUCUUCAAUGAGGACUUUUUCUUCGAGGGGGUCUCCCUGCAGGAGCUGCCCAGACGCUGCCUCUGGCUCAGGGUGCUCAACAAAGGGUCCGGCAUUUGGAGGGACGUGGUGCUGGGCGAGUGCGACGUCCCGCUCGAUUCUCUUUUGCCCUGAGUGGGGUCCCUGUAGAUGCUGGCGAUAACCCACAGGACGUUGCUGCGCUGUCGCCUUCGCAGGCAGGAAG